AGGACAUACCUAUCCGAUAAUUACUUCACAUCUUCAACAGAUCACGUAAAACCAUGUCAAUGUUGACUCUACUUUUAGUUUCACUUGUCGGAUACGUUUCGGCGUAUGGCAAAGUAGGUCCAUUGUUAGGAGGACUUGGUAGUAGUGGAGUUGUCAAUGGUGGAGCACUUAUUGGAGGUGGUGGAGUUAUUGGUGGGGCUGGUGGAAUUGUCAGUGGUGGUGGACUUCUGCUAAACAAUGGUGGAUUAGGUGGAUUAGCUGGAGUAGGUGGAUUAGGUGGAUUAGGUGGAGUGAUCGGAGGUUUAAAUACAGGACUUGGAGGUCAACUAUGGUGCACAUGUAGUUUGAAAUGUGCUCCAGGACAGAUCAAACUCAACAAGAACUGUAACUUGGCACCACUCCUUCCUGGUAGUUUGAAUACUUGUUGUUCUGUAUUGCCAUGGUGGGUAACUAACCGAAAUUACGGUGUUUCCCUUGGAGGCGCUGGCAUUAUUGGUGGUGGAGGUAUUGUCGGAGGUGUUAGUGGUAUUUUAGGGGGUGGUAGUGGACUCCUAAGUCCAAUCGGUGGUAUUGGAGGUUCAAUUGGUGGUGUUGUCACAGGACCUGUCAGUGUCAUAGGAGGAGGCAGCAGUGUUGUCAGUGGACGAAUUGGUAAAGGAGGAUAUUAUUAGGUAUUUGAAAUGUAACAAGAGAACGAAGAAGACCUGUUGUCAUGGUUAUGACAUGUAUGAUAUGGUUGUAAAUAGUAAAUUUGUUUAUCAAAUAUAAUCGCAAACCUA